GGCUGGGGCAGCUGGCAGCUUUCACGAUGUGGGGCUGGAACCCAGGGAACACGAGGUGCUUACGGCUCGGAGCAGCUGGCCCUGAGGAAUUACUGCAAGUCUGCACAACUUAGAAAUCUGCAGCUCGGCAGUCUGGAGGCGGGAGGGGAGCGCGGGGGUGGGUCCCCUAGCAUCCCGUUUCUCCUGCUCUGGCACUUCACCGAGCCUUCUCGCUCACUGCAGAGGGGCCGGCAGGCGAUGCCUCCUGGACAACGCGCAGCCCUCGCUGAGGUCCUGGUUUGUCCCUCCGUCUCCGCCUCAGGCUCCAAUCUUCCUGAGACGGUCCCCUCCUCCACUUUCCAGGAAGGGGUAUCAACUGGGUCCCCUUCUGCUCCGUGCGUGGGUGCAUGUCCCCCACCUCUUCUGACUUGACAUCUCCCUCCUCCUGUCUGCUGUGUGCCAGACGUCGAGAUCACGGGGUAUCGGUGAUACCGCUGCCAGUCGGGGCUCUGCCAGCACAAAGAAGAGGUGCCUGUUCGCACUAGACGUGUGCGCAUGAGCACGUGUGUGCGGUGCCUCCGAGGAGAGGGUCCUGCAGGCAGUGCCACUGGAGCUGACUUCUUGCAGACAGAACUGAAUUCACUGGAAAAGAAGGGAAGAGAGGGAACAGCUUCACUGAGGUGAGAGUGAUUUCCCAGCGGUCUUCUUUGUGCCACCAGAGAACAAGAUUCUUCUCUUCUUUUUGGCCACUAAAUGCCUCUGUGCACCGCACAUUCCAGUGGGGGAAGAAGGGCGGAGCUUCAUGCAUGACGAUGGACAUUCCGCUGGCCAGGAUGAGGGCAGACUGCGAGACGUCAUCACCACACGGGUGCAGCGUGAACCUCCUCGUCUUCCUUCCCAGCCAGCUCUCUGCCUCCUGCGUCCACCAUGGUGUUUGGUGAGUUUUUCCAUCGCCCUGGACAAGACGAGGAACUCGUCAACUUGAACGUGGGGGGCUUUAAGCAGUCCGUCGACCAAAGCACCCUCCUGCGGUUCCCACACACCAGACUUGGGAAGCUGCUCACCUGCCACUCGGAAGAGGCCAUUCUGGAGCUGUGCGAUGACUACAGUGUGGCCGACAAAGAGUACUACUUUGAUCGGAACCCCUCCCUGUUCAGAUACGUGUUGAAUUUUUACUACACGGGGAAGCUGCACGUCAUGGAGGAGCUGUGCGUGUUCUCGUUCUGCCAGGAGAUCGAGUACUGGGGCAUCAACGAGCUCUUCCUCGACUCCUGCUGCAGCAAUCGCUACCAGGAACGCAAGGAUGAGAACCACGAGAAGGACUGGGACCAGAAAAGCAACGACGUGAGCACCGACUCCUCCUUCGAAGAGUCCUCUCUGUUCGAGAAGGAGCUGGAGAAGUUUGACACGCUGCGGUUCGGUCAGCUCCGGAAGAAGAUCUGGAUUCGGAUGGAAAACCCGGCCUACUGCCUCUCCGCCAAGCUCAUCGCCAUCUCCUCCCUGAGCGUGGUGCUGGCCUCCAUCGUGGCCAUGUGCGUCCACAGCAUGUCGGAGUUCCAGAACAAGGACGGGGAGGUGGAUGACCCCGUGCUGGAGGGGGUGGAGAUCGUGUGCAUUGCCUGGUUCACCGGUGAGCUUGCCAUCCGCCUGGUGGCCGCUCCCUGUCAAAAGAAAUUCUGGAAAAACCCCCUGAACAUAAUCGACUUCGUCUCCAUUAUCCCCUUCUAUGCCACGCUGGCUGUAGACACCAAGGAGGACGAGAGUGAGGACAUCGAGAACAUGGGCAAGGUGGUGCAGAUCCUCCGGCUGAUGAGGAUUUUCCGGAUUCUCAAGCUUGCCCGGCACUCAGUCGGCCUUCGGUCCCUGGGCGCCACACUGAGGCACAGCUACCAUGAAGUUGGGCUGCUGCUUCUCUUCCUGUCUGUGGGCAUUUCCAUCUUCUCUGUGCUCAUCUACUCGGUGGAGAAAGAUGACCACGCGUCCAGCCUCACCAGCAUCCCCAUCUGCUGGUGGUGGGCCACCAUCAGCAUGACAACUGUGGGCUAUGGAGACACCCACCCGGUCACCUUGGCUGGGAAGCUCAUCGCCAGCACAUGCAUCAUCUGUGGCAUCUUGGUGGUGGCCCUCCCCAUCACCAUUAUCUUCAACAAGUUCUCCAAGUACUACCAGAAGCAGAAGGACAUCGAUGUGGACCAGGGCGGCGAGGAGCCCCCAGAGAAGUGUCACGAACUACCUUACUUUAACAUUAGGGAUAUCUAUGCACAGCGGAUGCACGCCUUCCUUACCAGCCUGUCCUCUGUGGGCAUUGUGAUGGGCGAUGCCGACUCCACGGACGCCUCAAGCAUCGAAGACAACGAGGACGUUUACGACACGGCCUCCUUGGAGAACUGCACAGCCAAGUGAGCAGGGGCGUGCACGCCCGCAUCUUGUGUCCCUCCCCGGUGACAGGUUGACACGGCUUUAUAAACCUCCAGGGGUUCGUUAACAUCAUUUAAUUCUCAGGGUGUACCUUUCAGCCAUAGUUGGACAUUCAUUGCUCCGAGAUGAUAGAAUUCGCUUUAUUUUUCUCAGUGAGGUGAACCAAAUGCCUAGUGCUGAAAUUUAUUUUUACAAGAAGGAGUUGUGAUAUGAUUUUGGAAAAAAAAAAAAAAGAGAAAUGGUAUUGUGUGGGAUGUGCCGCCGCGGUUUCUGUGUCAUUCCGUGUUUGUCCUUUACUCACGCCGAGCUGUCAAUUGCUGACAAGUAGAAUCCAAGGCCCAGCUGACUGAAGGCUACAUGCAUGUAAGAUCCACAACAUGAGACAGUGCAUGUAAAUCCAUGUUCAUGUUCUAGACAUGGAAACUAGGAGCCUAAUAAACUGCCUAAUUCAGUACGGA